CGCAGUGCGACCGCUUCCCAUCCUCCGCUUAGUAGUGGGAACACGGCUCCACGUUACAGAGGCAGCUGCAAGACUCAGAUGUCGGCUGCUGUUCUUAUGGCAACCGCUGUGUGCCAGUAAACAUUCAUCUCUCUCGCCAACAACGGCAACAACUCCGAGGGGCAGCGCUUAGGUUGGCACUGGGCACUUGGUACUUGCGCGCAGCCUGCGCCUUUUCGCUGCUUGUGCCCUUCUUCUCCUCUCAGUCUGUGCCCUGGGGAGUGCAGUGUCCCUCUAACAACCAGCCUCUGCCUUUAUGGACAUCGCUCCCCGCUGAAGUUCCCAUCGCUUGGCAUGUGAAGGUUUCUCUAUUGUCCGAAGUUCAAGAUCUGCGCUAAUUAUUGGCCGAUUCCGUCGCUGUACUCGGAGGGGCGCUGUGAGAGCGAUGGGCUGUUCGAGCAGUACUCAGACUCAGCCUCAGGGUAACCGACCGCCCGCAAAGUCCGUGGAGACCAAUGGACCCAAGAAAAGCGCUUCUUUAGAUAUAAGUGAUCAGAUUGUCGAUGACAUUGAAACGAUUCCAGACCAGACCAAACUUGAGCCAUUAACAGAGAAUGAAGCAUCAAUAAAUGAAGAGCCCCCUGUGGAGGAUGAAGUGGAAGCCAUAGACACUGUAGAGUUGGAAGCAUCAGAAAGCCUAGCACCAGCUGAAGAAGAGAAUGGUGCCACGAGUGAACCUGAAGAUAAAGUAGAAGAUGCAGAGGAGCCGACAGAAGUCCAACUAAAUGAGGAGGAUACAGUGGCUGAAGGUGAGAUUGAAGCCUCCGAAGAAGUAAAGACUCUCGAAGAGAUACCAAGCGAUGAGGCAGAAACAAAGGAGGAAGAAACAGGACACCUGCAGGACGAAGCAGAACCAGAGAUUAGUAUGUUGAUAGCAGAGUGAAUGACCUCCUCAUUAUCACUCAGCUGAAAGCAAUGUAGAAGAGUGAAGCCGUUGCACCUUUGAAACACCCAGCUGAUGAAGGGAUGGUGUGGACUCUGCUUUUGCUUCUGGCUGGUUAGCACUGGAGAAAUGGGUGCACUGGGUGACAAGUCAAGUCUCAAAUCUCCUUUCGAAGCCACAUUGCCAAGACUUUAGCAAGAGAACUGCUGCUGCUGCUGCACUACAAUGUUGUGCCUUAUCUCUAAACUGUAUAUGGGGAAGGGAUGGGAGUAUCUUUUUUUUUUAAAGUUCCCUUUAAAUAUAUGGAACAAUCAUGCGUGAUAUCUGCUUCUCUUAAUGAUUUCACGGGUUGGGUAUACUUUGUAAUUUGUGUGGUUGUAAAUAAAUGGAUUGUCUUUCAAGGCCCCAUUAUGGAUCACCCGAAAUAUUAUAGAAUGGCACUUCACUUUGUGCAUAAAUAGCACUCUUUACUUGCUUUUCUAUAAGUCAUUACUUGGUGUGUCCAUUGUUGAUGGAGGUCACUGUCUCGGUCCUUAUUGUUACAUGGAAAGAAGCUGAAUAGUUUUUAUGGCAUUGUUUUAUUAUUAGCGUUAUAAAAUUCCAGACUUCCUAACAGCCAAUGAAAGAGCCAAAAGAAUAAUAGAACCCCUUGCACUUCUUCAACCUUUCUCAUUACAUCCUUUUCUCUUGGUUUCAGGUUUUUUCUUCCUCUCUCCGCUUCCUUUUCCUAUUUUUGUCUCGGUUUUCUCCUUGUUUCCUUAAAGGGAUACUGUCAUGGGAAAAAUUUUUUUUUUCAAAAUGAAUCAGUU